GACCGCGCGGAGGACAAGCGGGCCGCUUGCGGGGUCUGACCCGGGAGCUGCAGCCUGAGUCACGGCCCCGCCCUCUGGAGCCGGACGCUGCGGGAGGCCCGGGAGCUACAGACCGCCGGACAGCAGGACAGCCGAGCAGCCGGCCGCGGGACGCACAAGGGAGGCGGAUCGCAGCCAUGUUCCUGGUUAACUCGUUCUUGAAGGGCGGCGGCGCGGCGGGGGCGGCGGUGGCACAGCCAUGCGCAUCCUGGGCGGAGUCAUUAGCGCCAUCAGCGAGGCAGCUGCGCAGUACAACCCAGAGCCCCCGCCCCCGCGCACCCAUUAUUCCAACAUUGAGGCCAAUGAGAGUGAGGAGGUCCGGCAGUUCCGGCGACUCUUUGCCCAGCUGGCUGGAGAUGACAUGGAGGUCAGUGCCACAGAACUCAUGAACAUUCUCAACAAAGUUGUGACCCGACACCCAGAUCUAAAAACUGAUGGUUUUGGCCUGGACACGUGUCGAAGCAUGGUGGCUGUGAUGGAUAGUGACACCACAGGCAAGCUGGGCUUUGAGGAGUUUAAGUACCUGUGGAACAAUAUCAAAAGGUGGCAGGCCAUAUACAAACAGUUUGACGUUGACCGAUCCGGGACCAUCUGCAGCGGGGAACUCCCAGGGGCCUUUCAGGCAGCAGGCUUCCACCUGAAUGAACAUCUCUACAACAUGAUCAUCCGGCGCUACUCUGAUGAGGCAGGGAACAUGGACUUCGACAACUUCAUCAGCUGCUUGGUCAGGCUGGAUGCCAUGUUCCGUGCGUUCAAAUCUCUUGACAAAGAUGGCACAGGACAAAUCCAGGUGAACAUCCAAGAGUGGCUGCAGCUGACCAUGUAUUCCUGAGUGGGACUCCCGCCUGCCGCCUCGCUAGAGGAGCCACUGUGGACCCUGGGUCUCUCCCAGGGCUGAUCCUAUCUGCAGUCACAUCUACAUGGCUUCCUCACCCACAGGCCUUUCUUCUCCCAGCCCUUGGCACCAAGCUUCUCAGUCAGCGGCCAGGUCCCCAUGUGCCCCAACACGCCAUGCCCUGAGUUGCCCUGGCUCUGACACAUCCUACUAUGCUCUGCCCAAGGGUCACCACACCCAUCUCACACCCUCUCCAUUACCUCUCCUGUACCUGUGCCAAGCCCCGUGCUCAUGCUGCUCCCAUGCCCCAAGGGCUGUCUCCGUUCUGCGAGGAUCGUUCAAGUCCCUGGCACACUCCUUACCACCCAGGCAGCCAAAUAAACUCCAGCCAUUAGGCCUACGUACCCCAGUGCCUUUGCCUGUACUCUGCUCCCAGAGGGCCAGGCGCAGGAGGAAAUAAAUGUGCCCCAGUUGCUA